AUGAGUCCGCAGAACAUCAGUACCAAAGAUCCAUCAGAUACCAAAGGUCCAUCAGAUACCAAAGGUCCAUCAGGUACCAAAGGUCCAUCAGAUACCAAAGGUCCAUCAGAUACCAAAGAUCCAUCAGAUACCAAAGAUCCAUCAGAUACCAAAGAUCCAUCAGAUACCAAAGGUCCAUCAGGUACCAAAGGUCCAUCAGAUACCAAAGGUCCAUCAGAUACCAAAGGUCCAUCAGAUACCAAAGAUCCAUCAGAUACCAAAGAUCCAUCAGGUACCAAAGGUCCAUCAGAUACCAAAGAUCCAUCAGAUACCAAAGAUCCAUCAGAUACCAAAGGUCCAUCAGGUACCAAAGGUCCAUCAGGUACCAAAGAUCCAUCAGAUACCAAAGGUCCAUCAGUAUCAAAGAUCCAUCAGAUACCAAAGGUCCAUCAGAUACCAAAGAUCCAUCAGAUACCAAAGGUCCAUCAGAUACCAAAGAUCCAUCAGAUACCAAAGAUCCAUCAGGUACCAAAGAUCCAUCAGGUACCAAAGGUCCAUCAGGUACCAAAGAUCCAUCAGAUACCAAAGGUCCAUCAGAUACCAAAGAUCCAUCAGAUACCAAAGGUCCAUCAGUACCAAAGAUCCAUCAGGUACCAAAGGUCCAUCAGUACCAAAGGUCCAUCAGAUACCAAAGAUCCAUCAGAUACCAAAGGUCCAUCAGAUACCAAAGAUCCAUCAGAUACCAAAGGUCCAUCAGGUACCAAAGGUCCAUCAGGUACCAAAGAUCCAUCAGAUACCAAAGGUCCAUCAGUAUCAAAGAUCCAUCAGAUACCAAAGGUCCAUCAGAUACCAAAGAUCCAUCAGAUACCAAAGGUCCAUCAGAUACCAAAGAUCCAUCAGAUACCAAAGAUCCAUCAGGUACCAAAGAUCCAUCAGGUACCAAAGGUCCAUCAGGUACCAAAGAUCCAUCAGAUACCAAAGGUCCAUCAGAUACCAAAGAUCCAUCAGAUACCAAAGGUCCAUCAGUACCAAAGAUCCAUCAGGUACCAAAGGUCCAUCAGUACCAAAGGUCCAUCAGAUACCAAAGAUCCAUCAGAUACCAAAGGUCCAUCAGAUACCAAAGAUCCAUCAGAUACCAAAGGUCCAUCAGUACCAAAGGUCCAUCAGUACCAAAGGUCCAUCAGUACCAAAGGUCCAUCAGAUACCAAAGAUCCAUCAGAUACCAAAGGUCCAUCAGAUACCAAAGAUCCAUCAGAUACCAAAGGUCCAUCAGAUACCAAAGAUACCAAAGAUCCAUCAGAUACCAAAGAUCCAUCAGAUACCAAAGAUCCAUCAGAUACCAAAGAUCCAUCAGAUACCAAAGGUCCAUCAGAUACCAAAGAUCCAUCAGAUACCAAAGAUCCAUCAGAUACCAAAGAUCCAUCACAUACCAAAGAUCCAUCAGAUACCAAAGAUCCAUCAGAUACCAAAGGUCCAUCAGUACCAAAGAUCCAUCAGUACCAAAGAUCCAUCAGGUACCAAAGGUCCAUCAGUACCAAAGAUCCAUCAGGUACCAAAGGUCCAUCAGUACCAAAGAUCCAUCAGGUACCAAAGGUCCAUCAGUACCAAAGAUCCAUCAGGUACCAAAGGUCCAUCAGUACCAAAGAUCCAUCAGGUACCAAAGGUCCAUCAGAUACCAAAGAUCCAUCAGGUACCAAAGGUCCAUCAGUACCAAAGAUCCAUCAGGUACCAAAGGUCCAUCAGUACCAAAGAUCCAUCAGAUACCAAAGUACCAAUCCAAAGUGCCCAACAGGUACCAAAGGGGCCUAUCACACCUAUCACGGUGAUGAACGAACACUUUGA